AUGACUACCAAUAUCAUAUCGCAGAUGGCGGUCACGCUCGGUGCUGGAAUCCAAGAUGGAGAACUUUUCGCGGCUGUGGCCAAGAACAACGCUAUGGCUGUUGGGGGCACAUCUAUGGAUGUUGGUGUCGUUGGAUGGGCAACCGGAGGUGGCCAUGGCUCCUUGACUGCUCAAUACAGUCAAGGGGCUGACAACAUUAUCCAAGCCGUCCUCGUUACCCCUACAGGUGAGGUGAUCACUGCCAACGAAUGCCAGAACGCAGACAUAUUCUGGGCCAUUCGGGGCGGUGGUGGCAGUACAUUCGGCGUGAUUGUCAAUAUCACUAUGAAGGCCUACCCGAUGCCCAGUGUGCACAUGAUGGGCCUGACCAUUACUGCCAAGAGCUUGACGACGGCCAAGCAGUGGUAUAAGUUUGUCGCCGAUGUCCACCGCUUGAUACCAACGGCCCAGGACCAAGGGAUGUCAGGCUACUGGACCAUGGGCGGCGACCCCAGCUUGAGCAUAUGUCUUGCCUUCUUCCUCUACAACAAGUCCAACACAACCGCUCUGGCUGUGCAAAGGCCAUUUGUCGAUCUGAUGCGCGCCUCAAACACGACGGUCACCUACGAUAUCAGCCGUAUUUACGCAUCUUCUUGGUAUCAACUGUUCUCCAGCCUCCCAACGCCCGAGUCAUCCGGGACCAGAAAGUCCAUCACGGCGUCGCGGUUCAUCACCAGGGAUAGCGUCCUGAACAAAAGUGAGGCCUUUGCCAAGACCCUGGAGGAAGUUGGGCCAAGGGCACCGGGCACCUUGAACAGAACGCCGAACUUCUCCAUGUCAGGGACCAUGACCGCCAGUAGGAAACCGGUCAACAACGCACUCAACCCAGCCUGGCGCGACACGGUCGUGCACGUCAUCAGCUCUCGCUCAUGGAACGACGCCAUAGAUCCGGCUAAGGCAGAUGCCCUAGUGUGUAACAUGACCUACGUCCCUCUAAAUGCGCUGUGGGAGCUUGAGCCUGCGUCUGGAUGCUACUUUAACGAGGCAAAUGCAAUAGAGCCUGACUGGCAAUGGUCUUUAUUUGGUCCUAACUACGGCCUUCUGCGACAGAUCAAGGGCAAAUACGACCCUGACGGUAUGCUAUAUGAGGAUUGGGUUCAAACACGCGAUGGCCGGCUAUGUAAGGCGUAUAAUCCAUUGGAGAGCGGGCGCUAA